AUGCAGAGGCCAAGAACUCGGUCUUCUCAGCCGUAUCUGUCAGCCUCCGUCACCGAUCCCGUCAAAUUAGGCAAUGGCGUUGUUCAAGCUUACAUCUCGUACAGAGUCUUCACUAAGACGAACUUGCCGGAGUAUCAUAAAGGACCGGAGAAGAUUGUAAUCAGGCGGUACAGUGAUUUCGUGUGGUUAAGGCAUAGGCUUUUUGAGAAAUACAAAGGCGUUUUCGUUCCUCUCCCUGAGAAGAGUGCUGUUGAAAAAUUCCGGUUUAGUGCUGAGUUUAUUGAAAUGAGGCGAGCAGCAUUGGAUCUGAGUGAGGAUCUUAGAACCUUUUUGCAAGCUGAUGAAGAGACAAUGGAAAGAUUCAGGUUUCAGGAAACUGGUUUAUUCAAGACUAAGCCUGCUGAUCUAAUGCAAAUGUUUAGGGAUGUGCAAUCAAAAGUUAGUGAUGCUGUCCUCGGAAAGGAAAAACCUGUGGAAGAAACUACUCCUGAAUACGAGAAGCUUAAGCACUACGUUUCUGAGCUUGAGAACCACUUAGCUGAGGCUCAAAAGCAUGCAUAUCGCCUCGUCAAGAGGCAUAGAGAGUUGGGUCAGUCACUAUUGGAUUUUGGCAAGGCUGUAAAACUUCUUGGGGCUUGUGAGGGUGAACCUAUAGGGAAAGCCUUCUCCGAUCUUGGAACUAAAUCUGAACUUGUAUCGAUUAAACUCCAGAAAGAGGCUCAACAAGUGCUGAUGAACUUUGAGGAACCCUUGAAGGACUAUGUUCGUUAUGUGCAAUCCAUCAAGGCGACAAUAGGAGAACGAGGCAGUGCAUUCAGACAACAUUGUGAAUUGGCAGAAACAACAAAGUUAAAGGAAAUAAACCUUGACAAACUCAUGCUCACGCGUUCUGACAAAGUAGGAGAAGCUGAAAACGAAUACAGAGAGAUAAAAGCAGAAAGCGAGGAAGCAACGAUAAAAUUUGACAGGAUAGUGAAGAGAAUGGACGAGGAGAUAGUGAGGUUCCAAGAAGAGAAGACGGAAGAGAUGGGAGUUGCGUUUCAUCAGUUUGCUAAAGGACAAGCUCGCUUAGCAAACGGUGUAGCUGACACAAACAAAUUAGAUUACAUCUAA